AUGGGGAACCCCGAACUGGAGAACAACUGCACGCUGUACAUUUGUACAGACAACUGCGAAACGCCAUCUAUUAGUGAAAUCCAAAAAAAGUUAGAGAGCCAAAAUGUGGAAAAAAAAAUAGAAGGCAUGGAACACCUCAUAUUUAACAUAAUACAGGGGGAGCCCUAUGGAAAUAUGCUCAUGUGUGUGAUCAGGUUUAUAGUGCCGCACAAGGAUCAUCGGUUGAAAAAGUUAAGUCACAUCUUCUUUGAAGUGGUAGACAAGUGUAAGAGUGAUGGUAGUUUAAAGGAAGAAAUGCUUCUCGUAUGUAAUGCCUUGAGGAAUGAUAUUAUUUCGCCAAAUGAAUACGUGAGGGGGUCCACUUUGAGAUUGCUUAGCAAAAUUAAGAACCUUAAAAUAAUUGAACCGUUAGUAGAAGCCAUUACAAAAAACCUGAACCAUCGACACAGCUAUGUGAGGAAGAAUGCGAUCAGUUGUAUUCAUACGAUUAUAAAGGAGCAUGGAACGGAUGUAAUCCCCAACUCGGUUAAAGAGGUCGAGAAAAUAUUAUUCUUAGAAAAUGAUAUAUCGACCAAACGUAGUGCACUAUCUAUGUUAAUUGAUGUCGACCCGAUGACUACCCUGAAGUACAUUCUCUCGCUGAACGAUCAGUUGUACGAUACGGCUGAUGUGAUACUGCUGGAGGUAAUACAUCUUUUUAAGAAGCUGUAUAUUCCUCACGUGUUUGACAACUCCUAUUUGUCGAUAAAUGAGGAGGAUGAAGAGGGUGAGGAGGACAAGGGGGUCCGCAGUGGUGUUGGCGCUAUGAGCCGUGUGGCCUCCAUGACCGGGUCUUCUCUUCCCCGAGGAGGAGAUGAAGCAGAGGAACCAAAUGGGUACCAAUCCGAUGGGGAAAUCGACCUCUUCCAAUAUCUACUCUCCGGAGAUGAGAUUCCCCAUCCACAGGGAGACGGACCCAUGGUGAAGAAAACCAAGCACAUUACUUCAGUGGAUCAAAAGUUUGGAAGUCACUUACUUAGCGUGAGUAACCCCCUCGUAGCGACCAACCACCCGAAUGAAACGAACGGAGGAAUGCUGAACGUGCUAAGUGAAGAAAUACAAUUUAGGAAGAACAGGCUAAACGAAAGUGACUACAAUCAGUACAAAAACAACGUCAUUAAGAUCCUCCUGAAUAUGAUGAACAAGAACGUUAGCAACAGUGUGUUGUACGAGGGUGCCUGUUGUUUGCUUUAUAUGAGUACCUCCGAGGUUAGCAUAAAAACGGCCAGUGAGUGUUUUAUUAAGCUAUUGAUUAACCAGCACGAUAACAACAUUAAGCUGAUUGUAAUAGAUAGACUAUACUAUAUCAUGUGUAAGUGGAAGAAGGUGCUGGAAAACUACGUCAUGGAUUUACUGAGGGCAUUGAACUUCCCCUCUAGGGACAUAAGGGUAAAAAUAUUAAACCUGGUACUUCACAUACUCAGCAGUAGGAAUGUGCACUUAGUGUUGGGCGUACUGAAGAAGGAGCUUCUUAAGCUUAACAGUGCGAUGAUGUAUAGUAAGAGCGUUUUUACCAGUGGGGGUGGAAACAACAACGCGGUGGUAGGUUCCUCCAGUGGAGGUGCAAACGGUGGUGGAGGCGCCACGGCAAGUGCAAUCCCCAACAGUGGUAUAAGCAACGCAGGAGAGAGCACCCCCAUCGGUAAUAACCUCUCGACGAAUUACCAAGAGGUAAUUAGCUACAAGAAGAUACUGCUCAAGUCGAUACAACACAUAUGUAACCUCUUCUCGAACGAGUGCCUAAGCAUGGUGGAUUUGCUACUAACCUACGUGAAUGAUGAAGAGAAGGAAAUAAAUUACGAAGCGGCGGUAUGCAUUAGGAAGCUAGCGAAUAAUCCCUCCCUGCAGAGUACCAUUUUGCAAAAAAUAGGGGAGGCUAUAUUUGACGUGAAGAAGCCACACAUCCUGAGGAUCUUCUUUUGGGUCCUGGGACAGUACAUGCAGGGGGAGGAAGUUAUUCUGCAAUUUCUGAACAAAUUAUAUGAACAGCUGCUUCCCCUCCUUGGUAGUAACUUAGAGGCCGAUAUUAUUAGCAGGUUACAGAGUGAGAAGUUUAAAAAGAACAAAAUGGCAAUAAAUUUUAACGCCACUUCUUCGUCUGUCUCGCCGAAUAUACAAGCCAAAACGGUCGUAUUGGAGGAUGGGACGUACGCCACGGAGGCAGUGUGGAAAAGUCAGACUGCAUCUACAGGUGAGGACACCCCCGGUGAGUUGAACUCCUUCGCGUAUAAUUUACUUUCCGAGAAUGACGAUUUGCUGUUGUCCGUUUUGUGUGUGUGUGUUACCAAGUUGUAUUUAAAAUUGGUGGCCACGGUGGGAGGGGAGGCCUUCCACUUUUUGGGUUCCCAAUUUGUGAAGCAUCACGUGGGGGGUGACUCACACAAGGGAAGCGCCACAAACGGUGAAGCAAGUACCGGCAUAAACGCAUUUAGGAACAAGGGAAUUUACAUCCUGGCCAGCAUGGUUAAGUAUUUAACGCAGAAGAACGCGAACAAGAGCUCCCUCGAUGUGCACUACAACGACAGCAACGUGGUGAGGGUCAGUCACUGCCUCAAAAUAUUUCUCAACAUAACGUGCAAUAUGAGCACCGUGGAUGACUCCACGAAGAAGCUCAUCCUGACCUUCCUCAGUGGGAAUGAGUACUACCAGAAGUUCCUUCACAAGGAGGAGGAAAAGUACAGCAGCAUUUACAGCUCCAGUUGUCGGCAGGUAGGCGCAGGAGGAGGUGUUUUUCCCCACGGGCAGGACACCAAGGGUGGAAAUAACCCCGGAGAAGAAUCCAUCGAUACGCCCAAAGGAGUGACCGCCCUGUCUGCUCCAACCCAACCGAGUGAAAACAAGCAAAGCGUAGAUGACGAAAUAUACUUCCGCAUCCUGAAGGAGAAAAAAAAUGUGUUGAAUAUCCUGGACGAAAGGUCUGUGCAAAUGGACGAAAGAGCUGUUCUAAUGGAUGAAAAAUUGGACAAACUAAAGUUGAAGUAUACCCUUAGCAAUGACAUUCUUUUUGAGGAAAACGAGUUUAAGUUCCCCUCCUUUAAGCAUAACUAUUCUUCCCUUUUCAUGGCCAAGCUGUACAACUCACAAAGGCUAACAGGAAUAGACGAUGAUCUCUUCAUUGAAGCCGUCCCGAUAGUUUCAAAUAUUAACCUCAUUGUAGAGUUCUACGUUUACAACCAGUCGGGUGCCUAUUUACAGAACAUAUUUAUUAGCCUAUCGACUCAUGGGAACUUGAAGCCAAUAGAUAAGAUCCCCGAGUUUAACUUGGGUCCAAAUGAGAAGAGGAAGUUUAAAAUAACCGUGAAGGUACACACGACUGAGACGGGAAUCAUCUUCGGUUAUGUGUUCUAUGAGCGGAAGAAUGAAAAUAGGAAGAAUUACAUAGUGCUUAGCGAGCUGAAUAUUAACAUGACGGAUUACAUUAAUGCGUCGUUCAUUUCGUCGCACCUGUUCCGCAUUAUGUGGUCCGAGUUCGAGUGGGAGAAUAAGAUCAACAUUAACACAUCCAUCAGAGAUGCCUUCGAACUUCUGAAGCUGAUCAUCAAACAGACCAACAUGACCAUCGUGGAAAAGUUCAUGCCGCUGGAGUACUAUGAAAAGGAAGCCAAGAACAGACCGGAACAGGCCAAUAUUUCCCCCAUCGAUAUUUACAUUUCUUACAUUUCUAGUUUGGAGGAUUUAAAGUGCCUUGUGAACAAUUCCGCCUUCUUUGCGGUGAACCUGUUCUCUCGUAGCAUUUUCGGGGAAGACUCCCUGGCGAAUCUGUCUGUGCAGAAGAACCCCGACGGCCGCCUCUCGGGCAGCAUCCGCGUGCGCAGCCGCACUCAGGGAAUCGCCCUCAGCCUGGGAGACAAAAUCACGCUGGUCCAAACGGGCCUCAGUAUGGAGACGCACUGA